AUGGAUUCUGGCAGUCGAGAUGGAAACAAUAAGUUGGCUCUAGUUGAAGAAGGGAUCUAUCUUAUUCUCUCCCAGUGGACUGCUCUUCAGCUUGCACUUCAAUACAGGAAUUAUGACAGAUUUUAUUGCCAAAAGUCAGACCAACUCCGUGCUGAUAUCUUCUCUUGGUUCACCCACUCAAAAGAGCUUUAUAUUGAUGAUUUAGAAAAUAUACUCAAAGAAAGCAUGAGUGAAUCCUUCGACACAGAGCUUGACGAUGGAAGCAUUGGAGAGGUGGCAUUACAUUUGAUGAUCAUGCAUGAAGAGUGUUUGCAAGGAAAAUGCGGAUCCAUCGAAAAGCUGAGGACAUCAUCUAAUGGGUCAACAGCAGUUUCUCAAAGUAAACUGUUCUGA